AUGGAUCGCAAUAUAGAAAUCAAAGCUAAACUACCAAAUAAAAUAGAAGUUUUAUCAAAACUCAAUUCUAUAACAAACACCCAAGGUGAAUUGAUACCCCAACACGAUAUCUUCUACAAAGUCCCAAAUGGACGUUUAAAACUAAGAAUAUUCCCCGAUGAAACAUCUACACUCGUCCAUUACAAUCGUCCAGACAUAUCUGGUCCUAAAUUAUCAGAAUACACUAAGUUCAACAUCGAGGGCCAAAACUGUAAACAACAGACCGAAGCCUUGAAAGCAAUUCUUUCUUCUAGCUUAGGACUUAUUGGUGAAGUUAAAAAGACUAGAAUUUUGUUCUUGAUUGGACAAACGAGGGUUCAUAUCGAUGCUGUUGAAGGUUUGGGUGAUUUUGUGGAAUUGGAAGUUGUUUUGAAUGAGACGCAGAGUGUGAAGGAUUGUGAGGGGAUUGCGGAUGAAAUUAUGUUGCAACUUGGUAUAAAGGAAAGCGAUUUGUUGACUCAUGCUUAUUUCGAUAUGAUACAAAACAGGGACAAGUAAUUGUAAAUAUAUCGAUGAUAUUGGAAUUUGGUUCACAAUGAGACUUUUUCGAUAAAACACCUGCCAGCGAUGAAAUAAUAUAACUGUUAUGUAUAUAUUAUAAAAUCUAGUUAGUCUUUUACAAGAUGUAUAUUAUUUUUUUAUAACUUUUGAAGAUUUG